GCGAGUCGGGAUUCUACCUAACUGCAGCUAUGGGACGCAGAAAGUCCAAACGCAAGCCGCCUCCCAAGAAGAAGAUGACAGGCACCCUGAAGACCGAGUUCACCUGUCCCUUCUGUAACCACGAGAAGUCUUGCGAUGUGAAAAUGGACCGUGCCCGCAAAACGGGAGUCAUCUCUUGUGCCGUGUGCCUCGAGGACUUUCAGACACCCAUCACUCAUCUGUCAGACCCCGUGGAUGUGUACAGUGAUUGGAUAGACGCCUGUGAGGCGGCCACUGAGUAGACG